AUGGCUCGAGCGUCCCAACACCGGGUCCCAGACCCACAUCGCUGUCGGAUGGAUCGUUUGAAGGUGGGCAACUUGGUCCGCUUUCGACCUUGCUCCUCUCCGGAUGAGAACCUCCACCCAGUGAACUUCACCCUCCACGUGGGGGGUGACAAGGGACCAAGCUAUGUGGAGGACAGUUUGUUCUACGUGGUGCCUGGCCGCUGGACGGGGGAACCCUCGGUGUCUUUGGUGUCCAAGAGCUAUCCGAACUUGCUGGUUCGGAGCUGCAACAGCACACCCUCACGGGGGUACCUCUUGAAGCUGAAACAUCCCAACUACUAUCCGGCUGCGCUUCUUGCUGAUAGUUCCUUCACCAUGGCAACUGGCCGGAGUGGGAAGAUACAGAACUCUGUGAGCCUCAGAUGCUUCGAUGCCAGAGACAUGCGAGUGAAUCCCAACGACACGGUGGUGAGCGUCUCUAUCUUUGGAAGGGAGUUUGCAUACUCGGAGGAGAGCUCCUGGAUCGUUGAUCUUGUCGAGCACUGUCCAGCUCAUCUCGAAGAUCUCCCGCGAGCUGUGAGACGCCACUGGGCGCAUUUGGACGUCAUGCCAUGUGCGGCGCCCGGUCGUGUGCGGUGUGAGCCAUCCGGCGAUUCCGAGCGGAGCAACGAGCCGGGCAACGUGGGUGCCGUGCCACGCGAGAAGGAGGAGGAGGAGGAGGAGGACCGAGUGGUGGAAUUGCCUUUGAAAAGCUCAUGGGACCACAUCGAAGAACAUUUGAGAGUUCAGGAAGGUAGCCUGAUACGCUUGAGGCCCUUUAAUAAGCCAACUGAGAAUGUGAGAGUCUCUGACUUUGCCCUUGGUGUCGGUGGUCAGAGGACCCCAACACAUGAGAAAGACAGUUUGUUCUAUGUGGUGCCUGGGAAGGCAAGCUGCGGCAGUUUGUCUUUGGUGUCAAAAAGCUAUCCACACUUGGCAGUGCGGGCUUUGGUGAACCCAGCGCAGAAAGAGCCUGAGAAAGAUGACAACGUCGAUUAUGUUGUUCCUGUGAAGAUGACAUAUCCCAAUUUCCGUAAGACAGAGACCCAGUCUGAUGCUUCUUGGAUGAUUCGGCCUGGAUUGAAUGGCCGACCCGGGUGUGUGAGCUUUCAAGGCUGCAGCCUACAAACUCAAACUCAUUUCUUGUGCUUGUCUACUGUCAACGGCUCGUAUGGCGACGUGACUAUUGAGAUCAUUGAUGGUACUCCUCCUUUCUAUGACGCUGCCUCGUGGCUUCUGGAUGUGGUGCAACCACCUCCCAGCUCCGUGCAGGAGUUGCCGGUGGAAGUCCAACGCCAGAUGGGGAGCGUUCGAACCGGUGAGGAAGCAUCGAAGAUUGGUUCCAAUGAGCCGUUGAAUCCGCCUUCGAACCAGGACCCACUUCCAUCCGGUCCAUCCGGAGAUCCGCCGGUAGAGUUUCCCUUUAAUGGACCCGGUUUAAAACUACAAGACUCUCGUUUGACGGCUGGCAGUCUGGUGCGUUUACGACCGGCUGACUCUCCAGAUGAGUACUUGAGAUAUGACGAGAAGACUUGGGUGGCGAAUGUGGGCGGAUACACCAACCAGGUGCCCAGCACUGAAGACUCAAUCUUCUACGUGGUGCCUGGGUGUGCGCAAAGAAAGCCUAACGACAGCUUCGUUCUCAUCCCCAAGAGCUGGACGAGCACUGCCCUUCGACCCAUGGAGACUGACCAAUCGAUCCGGUUGACCAAGGCCAAGGGGAUCGGGCUAAGCACCACUUGGAUCCUUAGACCAGGCAUGAAUGGCAAGAAGGACUCUGUGAGCUUUCAGCAUCUCGAUGCAGAUUCUUUCAUUUGGCACCGAAAGUCCGAAGUGCAACUUGCACAGAUCGAUGGGACUCCAUGCUUCUACGACCGGGCUUCCUGGAUGGUGGACGUGGUGAAAAAGCCUCCAGCCAAUCUGAAAGACUUGCCACCGGAGGUUUACGAGAACAUGGCGACUCUGCAAUGCUGCGAAAUUCUCUGA